AUGCAGAGAGAGGACGAGACUCCAGCACCCUGUGUUCAACUGUGUCCUCCGAAAGACAGGGGAAUGAGGAAGCCUUCAGACAUGAGUCCGCGCCGCCUGUCAGAUAUCAGUCCUCGGAUCAGACAGCUGAAAUCCCUCGUCAUUGAUGAAGAUCUAAGUGAAGAACUGAAGUCAUCGAGAUCGGUCGAGUACAUCAACAACGCAUCCAUAGAAGAGCGGAUCCUGAGGAUCACUGGUUACUAUGGCUAUGAGCCCCGGAACGGACCUCUUAGAGGGGAGGACCAGCCCAACAGCGAGAAGGUGGAAGUGAAGGUAGAUGGCCAUUCUGCCACAGAAACAGUCAAAUCAGAUUGUGGGAACAGGCUGCAGAGGCUCCGCUGCUGUAUGCAUAUGACUGCAGUCCACCUGCGCAGAGCACUGUGGGGUGUCGCUGUGGUGAUCUGCAUCUGUGUUUCUUGGACAGGCUGCACUCAGUUGGCCAAAAUAACCGUCGGACGCUUGAAUGUCCCAUUCACCCUCACUUGGUUCUCCACUUCCUGGAACUGUGCCAUCUUCCCUCUUUACUACCUGGGUCACCUGUGCUGUAGCAAGGACAGACAGACUCCCAGACAGCGCCUCAGAGAGUGUUGUCAGUUCUUGGGAGAUGACGUGCUGUCACUGAGGAUGCUGCUCUCUCGCGUGGCUCCUUUUGGAGUGCUGUGGACUCUCACCAGCUACCUGUACCUGCAAGGCCUUCGCAGAAUCCCUGCCACUGAUGCCUGUGCCCUUUUCUGCUGUAGUCGUGCCUUUGUCUUCCUAAUAUCCUGGAUUGUCCUGCGGGAUCGCUUUAUGGGAGUGCGGAUUGUGGCAGCCAUUUUAGCCAUUGGGGGCAUUGUUAUGUUGACAUAUGCCGAUGGUUUCCACAGCUAUUCUGUGAUAGGCAUCUCCCUUGUGGUUGGUUCUGCAUCAACAGCAGCUAUAUACAAAGUUCUGUUCAAGCUUGUUCUGGGUAGUGCAAAGCUGGGUGAAGCAGCUGUGUAUCUUACUGUUCUCGGUGGAGCUAAUUUGGUCUUCAUUAGCGCUGUACCUCUGAUGCUGCUUAUCACGGGGGCCGAGGACUUUGUUUCACCUAGAGAUUUGCCAUGGCCAAGUAUCUGUGGCAUGUCCGCUCUUCUGCUGGUGUUCAACUUCCUCUUGAAUUUUGGUGUUCUGAUAACACUUCCUACUCUGAUUUCUCUGGGCGUCGUCCUCAGUGUGCCUCUCAAUGCUGUCAUAGAUCGCUACAUGUGUGAGAUCCAGCUCAACAGUGUACGCAUCAUUGCAGUGUCCAUCAUUUGUUUGGGCUUCCUUUUGCUCUUACUGCCUGAGGACUGGGACCAGUGUCUGCCACAGUUACGAUCAAUGCUGUACAACCGAGAAGAGCCACAAGAGAGCGCCAGAGACAAACACUCAGAAACGCUUCACAUCAGGCCGAGAGAGGCCAAGAACUGCAACUCCAAAACUACUCCCAGCAACCACUGACUCUGCAUUUUAUUCAUUCCAAAAGCUCCCGACAGGCACCAAAUUACUCUCUUCCACAUUUAUGAGGCAAUUUAGAUGUACUGCACAUCAAUAACUGAUUAGAUAGAUGAAAGUUGCUAGAGACCCAUAAAGGAGGGUGCUAUAGAUCAGAAGAUAAUUCUAUGCAAAGCGUUAGGAUUCGAUUGGUUCACCUGUUACACAGUUGUUGAGUUAAUGAUGAGCAAGUUUGUGUUUCAUUUUAAAGUGCCACUGUGGGAGAGUUUGGAAAUGUGUAGAUUUGUAUAUUUCAUUGUCGCUUCAUGUGUUGAAUGAAGUACCUUUGUAUAUUGCCAGUAUCUCCGCUGCUGACACAUUGUCACACUCUUCAGCAUAACAUAAUACUUCUGAUAUGAGCUGUAAUCUCACACUGGUUCUCUAUACUCUGCAUAUGUUUUUGACAGUGUUAUGGCCUCAUAUAAUCAGAAAGGCUACACCCAUAGAUUCCUUAGAAUAAUAUCUUGCAUUAUAUCUCUAUCA